AUUCAAUAAUAACUAAAUUUAUUAAAAAUUAAAUUUAUGUGAAACCUUAUUAAUUAUUUAAUUAAUUAUUUUAAUGACAAACAAUAAUAAUUGGCUAAUAGUUAUAGGAUUUCAAUGUCUAUUAGUACUGUGCGCUAAUCAAUCGGGACAAUGGCCCACUAGAGGAGGUGCCCAGUGUGGACAGUUUCCCGAAAUAGACCUGGGUACUGUCGACCUGAGCCAUAAUCCCCAAUGUCAACUGAGUAUGGAACCGUACAUAACCCGUUGUACCAAUUUGUACAGGUACGGGGUACAACAGGCCAUGGAAAGGUACGAUUUUAAUGUGUCGGCCGAACCGGUCAAACGGGCCACUUGUUGUGGGGUAUUGCGGGCCCAACAUUGUUUUGCCAGGGCUGCCCGAUCGCGUCAACCCGAGUGUGGCAUCAGGGAGGCCCGGGCAUUUGAAAAGUUGCCCAUCGAUGCCGAUGCUGUUGCCAUAAUGAACAGACAGUGCGAUGGUUACUAUCUGUCCUCAAAAGUUUGUUCAUCCAGUGCUGAUAGCUAUGGUAGUAGUGGUAGUAGUGGUAGUAUAGCUCAUACGACAUCACGACAUCAGCCAAUAAACAUAAAGUCUUUACUAUUAAUAUUAUUUUCAUUAUUAUUAUUAUUACUAAUAUUAUGAUAAAACUAACUGUAUUUAUAUAUACCGUAUAUAUAUCCAAUCCAAC